CAGCUGGGAGAAAGUCCAUAGACUCCUCCAAGAUGCUUGUGGUCCUGCUCACAGCAGCCUUGCUGGCUCUGAGCUCAGCUCAGGGCACAGAUGAAGAGGUCAACAAUGCUGAGACCAGUGAUGUACCAGCAGAUUCUGAACAACAACCCGUGGACUCGGGUUCAGAUCCACCUUCUGCUGAUGCAGAUGCAGAGAAUGUUCAAGAGGGUGAAUCAGCCCCACCAGCAAAUGAAGAGCCUCCUGCCACUUCUGGGAGUGAAGAGGAACAGCAGCAGCAGGAACCCACACAGGCAGAGAAUCAAGAGCCUCCUGCCACCUCUGGGAGUGAAGAGGAACAGCAGCAGCAGGAACCCACACAGGCAGAGAAUCAAGAGCCUCCUGCCACCUCUGGGAGUGAAGAGGAACAGCAGCAGCAGGAAUCCACACAGGCAGAGAAUCAAGAGCCUUCUGACUCUGCUGGGGAAGGACAGGAAACUCAACCUGAGGAAGGAAAUGUAGAGUCACCUCCCUCUUCUCCUGAAAACUCACAAGAACAACCACAGCAAACAAAUCCAGAGGAGAAACCGCCUGCUCCUAAGACUCAGGAAGAGCCACAGCACUAUAGAGGUCGUCCUCCAAAGAAGAUUUUUCCUUUUUUCAUUUACAGAGGAAGACCAGUAGUAGUAUUCAGGCCUCGAAGACCUAGGAAUCCAUUCGCCAGAAGAUUUUAGAGAGUACCUGAGAAGAUUAUGACCUUCAGAUGUGUAGGUCAACAAAUCACUGUUGAUUGUCUAUAAUAUUCCAAUAAAAAUUUUCAGCAUGCAA